AUGCCAUACAUCCACUCUCCCGACAAAAUCUACAAACUCAACAGCAAACGCUGGCUAGCCGAAUGUCCCCUCCGCAGCGCCAACGACACCAUCAUCGACUGCGCCAUUCCGCCUCAGAAACUCUUCUCCAGCAGCCAAACUGAACGCUCCGCCGCCAUCGACGCCGAAAUCUCUCGCGUAAAGAAAAUCUUAAAUGACCGUCCUCCGUAUGUCUUGAAACUGACGCAGAGUCUCUCAUCAGUCGGAACAUUGAUCGUGAGAGAUGCAAAAGAGAGGGAGGAGGUGAUUAGGAAAGCAGAAGAGUAUCUGAGAGAAUAUUUACCGAGGAUCACGAAGGAGAAUGAGUAUUUGAAUACUACGUCGUUGAUCUUAUCGGAUUUCAUUCCUGGAGAUACGAUGGCGUUGAACUUCUUCGUGAAAGCCAGUGGGGAGGUUGUCUUUUUGGGAGCUUGUCAUCAGCUCUCGACGGGGGAGAGCGGAAGACAGGCGACGGCGAUUACAUUUAAAGAGCAAGAGAAAUUGGAGAAGAAGUAUAGGGAUGUGUUGAAGCAGAUUGGAGAGGUCUUGCAUGAGGAGGAAUAUAGAGGACCGUGUGGUUGCGAUGUGAUGGAGGAUCCAGAGACGGGACGAUUGUUUGUUAUCGAUUUGAAUGUGAGGUCGGCGUUGAGUUUAGUGUUGUAUACGCUGAAGGAACAUCUGAACAAAGAUAUGGGUCUGGAGAUGGCAUUGGUUUAUGAGUGUGUCAUGUUGAAGAUCCCGAGGGAGGAGCUGGAGAAGAGGUUCGAAAAGGAAUUUCAGAAUGGGAGGUUGAUUUUGAUGGGUAGUACGAGGCUUGGGAGUAAGGAACAGUGGGCGUAUGGGAUGAUUCUGGCUGGAAAUGACCAGGAUGAGAUCGAUCGGUUGAGUGACAGGAUCCUGAAGUUCGAGAUUGAAGGAGGACAGGACGGUGAUGUGGCAGAUGCUGCUGGUUGA